CGGCGGGCGCGGCGCGGGCGGCAGCAUGGUGGAGAAGCGCUGCCCGUUGCAGAGGGACGGCGUGUACCGCUGGUUCUCCGAGCUGCCGUCGCCGCAGCGCGUGGAGUUCCUGUGCGGCCUGCUGGACCUGUGCAUCCCUCUCGAGCUGCGCUUCCUCGGCUCGUGCCUGGAGGACCUGGCACGCAAGGACUACCAUUCUCUGCGCGACUCGGAGAUUAAGGCCAACAACCCGGCGGACCUUGGAAGCCUCACCAACCUGACGGACGAGGUGGUGCGGAGCAAGCUGCUGGUGUCGCUGGCGCUGCUGGGCUCGGAGCAGCGCGAGGCGGCGGGCGUGUUGUACCGCACGCUCACGCACACUGACUCCAUCAUCCACAACUACGGGCUGCAGCUCAACGAGGGACGCACGGGCGAUGAGUUCCUUCUGCUCUUCACCAUGGCCUCCAACCACCCGGCCUUCAGCUUCCAUCAGAAGCAGGUGCUGCGCCAGGAGCUCACGCAGAUCCAGAGCAGCCUGAACGGCAACGGCGGCGGUGGCGGUGGUGGCGGCGGCGGCGGCGGCAAGAGCGCGCCCGGUCCCGGCGGCGCUCUGCCCACCUGCUCGACCUGUCACAAGAUGGCGCCCAGAACUGAGACCCCUGUCAGCAGCAUCAGCAACAGUCUGGAGAAUGCAUUGCAUACAUCAGCACAUUCCACGGAGGAAUCCUUGCCCAAGAGGCCUUUGGGAAAACAUGGCAAAGUGAGUGUUGAAAAAAUAGACCUGAAGGGAUUAUCACACACGAAAAAUGACAGAAGUGUUGAGUGUUCCUUUGAGGUCCUGUGGUCUGAUUCUUCAGUAACAUCAGUAACCAAGUCUUCCUCAGAAGUAACUGAGUUUAUUUCAAAGUUAUCCCAGCUCUACCCUGAAGAGAACUUAGACAAGCUCAUUCCUUGCUUGGCUGGCCCAGAUUCCUUCUAUAUGGAGCGUAACCAUGUGGAUUUGGAAGCAGGUCUGAGGUAUUUGGCUUCCAUACCUUCGCACACACUGAAACAUGACCAUGUUAGGAAGUUCUUCAGCACUUCAUCUCCCACCCAACAGCUCCAAAGUCCAAGUCCUGGCAACCCCUCCCUUCCUAAAGUAGGUGCCAUGAUGGGCGUGUCUGGAAGGCCAGUGUGUGGAGUGGCUGGGAUCCCAUCCUCACAGAGCAGCACCCAGCACCACCUGCAGCACUCGGCCAGUGCAUCUGCUUCCCUGCCCCACUGCUCCCACACAGGGGGUGCAGGCUCAGCGCUGGCUUACCGGACCCAGGUGGACAACUCACCUACCAUCCUGAUGCCCUCUAGUCUGCAGGCUCCUCAGCCCCAGGAGCAAAAUGGGAUUUUAGACUGGCUUAGGAAGCUACGUUUGCACAAGUAUUAUCCCGUCUUUAAACAGCUCACCAUGGAAAAGUUUCUGAGCCUUACUGAAGAAGAUCUGAAUAAAUUUGAGUCCCUCACCAUGGGAGCAAAGAAAAAACUCAAGACUCAGUUGGAGCUGGAAAAGGAGAAGUCAGAGAGACGGUGCCUCAACUCCUCAGCCCCAUCCUUGGUCACCAGCAGUGGAGUGGCCCGAGUCACCCCCACCAGCCACGUGGGGCCUGUGCAGCCUGGGCGUAGCAGCCAUGCUGCAGAGUUGCGGGUGGAGGUGGAGCCACCGGCUCACCAGCUGCCCCGGGAAGGCAGCUCCUCCGAGUAUUCCAGCUCCUCCUCUAGCCCCAUGGGUGUGCAGGUGCGAGAGGAGAGUUCAGACAGCGCUGAGGAGAGCGAUAGACGUGUGGACAUACACGUUGAGGGCACUGAUAAGGAGAAGCCUGUGAUGCUGCUGACUCACUUCCCAUCCAGCUCUGCCAGACCCACAGCCCAGGUUCUGCCUGUGCAGAAUGAGGCUGGCUCCAGCCCUGCAGGUCACCAUCCCCUGCCCCCACAGCUGAUGCCUGCAGCUUCACACCUGGCACCUGUCCGCAUGCUGAACUCGGUGCACAAGUCGGACAGAGGCAGCACAGACGUGAAACUCCUCUCAUCCUCUGUUCACUCGCUUCUGUCCCUGGAGGAAAGGAACAAGGGGCCUGGCCCUAGAAGUGGCACAAAAGUGGACAAGAGCUUUGGCGGAGCUGUGCUGGACACACUUCCCUCAGCGGCACCCCAUCCGCCAGUACAGGUCCUCUCGGGCCUUGUAGAGAACAAUUCUGUGUCACCCACAGUCUCCUUUGGUCCCCGGGCCAAAGUUGUGCAUGCAGCCACACUGGACAGGGUGCUGAAGACGGCACAGCAGCCAGCCCUGACUGUAGAGACCAGCUCGGCCACCACAGGGACACCAAGCACCGUCUUACAUGUGGCCCGGCCGCCCAUCAAGCUGCUGCUGUCCUCCUCCGUCCCUGCUGAUGCUGCCAUCUCUGGGCAGACUUCUUGCCCCAACAACGGACAGAUCAGUGUGCCCCCUGCAAUAAUCAAUCCCCGGACUGCUCUAUAUACAGCCAACACCAAAGUUGCCUUCUCUGCAGUGAGCAGUGUGCCUGUGGGCCCACUGCAGGGCAGCUUCUGCGCCAACAGCAACACUGCCUCCCCCAGCAGCCACCCUUCUACAUCUUUUGCAAGCAUGGCCACUCUGCCCAGUUGCCCCGCCCCCAGCUCCAGCCCUGCUCUCUCCUCUGUCCCUGAAAACAGCUUUUACAGUGGUGGUGCUGGCAGCAGCUCCCCAGGAAACAUUCCUGCCUCAAGUCAGAAUCACCAUCACCACCACCACCAUCAGCAGCCCCCCGCACCCCCACAGCCUGCGCCGCCCCCACCUGGCUGCAUUGUGUGCACGUCCUGUGGUUGCAGUGGCAGCUGUGGCUCCAGUGGCCUGACUGUCAGCUAUGCCAACUACUUCCAGCACCCAUUCUCUGGGCCAUCCAUGUUUACCUUCCCUUUCCUACCCUUCAGUCCCAUGUGCAGCAACGGCUAUGUCAGUACCCAGCAGUAUGGUGGUGGCUCUGCCUUCCCUGUUGUACAUGCACCCUACAGCGGCAGUGUGACUCCAGACCCUGUCCUAGGUGGGCAGUCCACUUUUGCGGUGCCACCCAUGCAGAACUUCAUGGCUGGGACAGCAGGGGUGUACCAAACCCAAGGCUUGGUGGGCAGCACCAAUGGCUCCAGUCACAAAAAGAGUGGUAAUCUGUCCUGUUACAACUGUGGGGCUACUGGCCACCGUGCUCAGGAUUGCAAGCAACCGUCCAUGGACUUCAACCGGCAAGGAACUUUUAGGUUGAAAUAUGCCCCUCCAGCAGAAAGUCUGGACUCCACGGACUGAUCCUUUUUUUUUUUUUUGGCAACAGAACAUUUUAUUAAGCCAUGAAAAAUCCCAUAGAGAACUGAAGUCAAGUUGCUGUGGAGCCAUGGAGACCUAAGGGAAAUCCCAUGGAGAACUGAAGUCGAGUUGCUGUGGAGCUUAAUAUUUUUAACCCAAAGGUGCUUUACUUUACUAUACUGGAUAGAGAAUCUAGCAUAGAAGUGCAAACUCGAUUUCAUUGCCAAAAUCCUAGUUUGGAGCUUGAUAUAAGGAUUGCCUAGUGGACGUCUCCACAGCAGUGAUGUGGCCACCACACAGUUGUUGCAGUAUGGAGACUUGUCUCCUGAAGAUCGCUGGUCCUUCUAGGCUCACACACAAAUUCCAGGGCAGCUAUGCACGACCUGAGUCAAGGCUGCAGGUCGGAGUUCUCUCAAGUGGAGUUCCCCAGUCGGAUCCAAGACCCCUAUGGGUUAGGAAGUGCCAACUGGAUUUUGCUGUUUCCUAGAGUGGGCGCCUCACGUCUGGCUUCUUAAGGAUUGCACUACCUAACAAGGACCUCUUCAUUCUGGGAGGCAGACUCUUCUGGGACCCGACAAUGUAGGGGACUCCAUCAGUGGGCAUUGGAGUUGGCACCAGCAGGCUGCUCGGCCUAGUACACCCAAGGUCGCAGGGUGUCCUUCUGCAGACACUUGGAGCAGUUCCAGGUUUUUAAUAUUUUUUUCUGUAAACAAAUUUACACAAUAUUAGUAGAUAAGACAUAGCUCACUCUCAACAACUUCGUUUCUAAGGGUCCAAGUCCCAGGGAAUCCAGUCACCGAGGCUUGAGACCACCCCUCCCAUUGGUGGCUUUGAGCCUGCUCUCUCCAAACAAGAACCAACUCCUGAGGACACAGGAAUGACUCAACUUUGUGAGUUGACUAUGACCGAUGCUCCUCAUUCUUCAGGAAGCUGGCAAGUUGUCGUGUCUCAAAUGGUUUCCCCAGGACCCCAGUCCCAGAGCUCACUGCUGAUGAAUUCACACUUGAGACAGACAUUCAACAGUAAUACAGGCCUGUGAUUUAUGAACAGAAGACUGGAAACUGUCAGCUUCUUUUGUGUUAGGCUGUGUGUUGAUAGUUAAUUCCGUUAAAAUCGCCUGGAAAACUUCAGUAGAGAGAUGCGAGACUCCUCGAAACCACUCACCAGUUACA